AAGGUUGGUAGGAUAGGAAAGGAGGCACCAGGACCUUGGCUUGGUCUGUGCCACUCUCUUUCACCCACAUCAGAGACGGCUCCCAGCAAUGUCAUAUAGAUUUGGGUCUUGAUAAGGACUCAUUUGAAGACUGCUCUCCUGUCAUCUAUCUUCUGCCUGUAAUUAGUGUUCCUCCACAGCUGUUCUUGGAAAAGACACUUGGACUAAACACUGCGGCAGUUUAUAGCUUGAUCAACUUGUCUGCUUCUGGCGAGAUCACAGUCUGCCAUGAAGGGUUUUCUCAUCAUCGCUCUCUUGAGUGCAGCUGGAGCUGUUCUGGCUAAAGAUUCUAAAGAUAAUCAGGAGUUAUCAUAUAAUUUUACUAUUCCUUACAUGGUCUAUCUGCAAUCCAGCCCAGAACCCUGUGUGGGGUCUCUCAUUCACCCUCAGUGGGUAUUGACGGCUGCCCACUGCCCCUUACCUGUUGAAAUUCGACUAGGAGUUUCUCAACCUAGCAUCACAAAUAAGAAACAACAAAUACGAAACUAUUCAUCGAUUGUGACCUACCCUGACUUUGAUGCAAAAUCCUUGAACAAUGACCUAAUGAUGAUCAAACUGUCCAAGCCUGCUUCACUCAACUCCUAUGUGGGGACUAUAGCCAUAGCCUUGGAACCAAUUCCAUUUAAUGAGUCCUGCUUUAUUCCAACUUGGACCUGGAAUAAAUAUAAAAACCGUAAGUGUUUGAUGCUACGUUUUUUAUACUGAGGAGGUUGGAGCUGGGAGAAAAUGUGGGGGAAUGUCCCUGAUGGAAAUCGCUGCUGUACGACAAUGUUGUCCACCAUAGAGGGAUUCCUGCCAGGGCCCUAUACCACCAUAACUGGAGGUCAUAGAUAAAAUUCGAAGAGACUGAUAAAGGGCAGCCACUCUGACACCAACAAAUGGAGCAGACAGUAAUUUUUAUAUCUAUAGAAUAUUGAAAACAGAGUCCAGAGAACUGGAUUGAAAUAAAGAUGGAAAAAUAGGAGUUUUCAUGCACAAAGACAGUGUCAUCAAGGCAGCCUGUUGGAGGGUGACUUACUCAUUGAUAGUUGCUGAAAGCCUAUCACACAAUGGAAGAACAGUGGGGAAAAUGAACAUAAUAUAUAUGUGAUAUAGUGAGGCAGCAGACGAUGCUUCCUACAUCCUCUACAGAGAACCCAAUUUAUGUGCAGAGAACACUGGGAGACAAAAGAAUGUUUCAGAGAGCACCUGCCCUGUCACCAGAGCUGGUUCCUCGCAGAGAGUGCCACUCAUACCUACUGUUCCAUCCCGGAGUUCCCACUUAGAGGUGGAGACUUGGGUGGUUCAUAGAGAAAUUGAUUAUUAUGACAUAAUCAGCAGGUAUCUCCCUGGCCUGUCAUCCCUCAUGGAAAAAAUAGUGAUAGCCCAUGUUGUAAGUAUACACCCUUCUCCCCUGUGAGCUGAAAUUGGGAUGAGCAGAGAGAUCUGGUCUCUGCAGGAGUCUGUCUAAUAAAGAACACUUACAAAGAAA